AAAAAGGAUUUGAAAAUCGGAUUAAAAGACAAAGGUACAACACUGUGUACUUCUCAUCUUUCAUGAGGGCACGAACUACAAUCCCAUGAAGCAUUGCAAAUGACGUAAUCUGAUAAAAACAGAUGGAAAUAAAAUAUUUUAAGUUUAUUGCUAAAUAUUCCAAUAUGUACAAAUAUAUAAGUAGUUUAAGGGUGAAGGGAGACCGACUGGAUUACGUCAUUCACUGUGAGAGCUCACAGUUUCGCGGGUUUCGUUGGUUGCGGUUCUCUGAUUGGUGGGUCUUUCUCUGCUGUAUUCUGGGUAAUGUAGUUGUUCACAAGGAAUUCUACAAUCAAACGUGAUUUUAAAUAAUUAAGUAGAAAUAACGCGGACUGAUGGCUUCCACAGAAGCAUAUACCAUCGGCAAACAACCUCGAAGCUUACGGUAGGUGUGUCUUUAAAGAUUUAUGAGUUAUUAUUGAAAAAUCAAUUCGACUAUGGAAAAAAUGAAUGGGAUUUUUUACUUCCGGGAACCAGACGGUUGCGCUCUAUUGUAAGGGGAAAUUUUUCUCUGGUCGGAAUACGGUUAUCUGCCUCGUCAGACAAAUUUAACUGGGGCUCGUGCCCAUUAAUUUGAGGUGUCUAGAUACUUUUGGUCACAUAGUGUAUUGUUAUUAUUUUAGGUGUAUUCUUCUGAUGAUUCAGACAGAACCACUCCCGCCCCUAUAUUUCAUUCAUUACGGUAAGCGAGUCCUCGCGACGUUGCCAUGGGAGACGCGGCAUCGCACGUGCUCUGUGGCUCGUGUUAUGAACAGGUCAUUUAAUAUCACGGGAAAUCAGGACGAUUUUAUGAUUCAGACGGAUUCCAGGAUACUUCAGGGACAAAAAUACUGCAGUCUCAUACGGGUGCAACAUGGCUGAAGAUCUACAAUAUGUGGAAACGCUCUUAUGAGGAAUCCUGCGCUCUCAAAAGAACACUUAAUAUUUAUCUAAAGAUCCUCAGGUUUACUCCUCUUUUAAUCCAGCAUGGCUGACGCCUGGAUCAAACAGUCUACGCAACAGUUCCAGGAAUUAUCCUUGAUAUCUUUCUGUUUUUCAUGGAGAAGCAGGAAAUAAGAUGGAAUUUCCUCCCUGUGCUUUUCAUAUAGUCACUACGAGAUAAUCUUGCUGUCUGAUGUGUGUUCUAUAGAGGAGUGCUGUGGCACCGCUGUGUGCUAGUUUAUUCUGGAGUUACCCAUCUUUGUGAGUUCUUGUCUGGGUCGAGGAGGUCCAGUUCGCUGCAGAAAUGCUCCAGACUAAUAACUACUCGCUGGUGUUGCUGAUCCAGCUAGCACUGCUGACCUUUGACCUGUUCGUCAACUCCUUCAGUGAACUCCUUAGGGCUGCACCGGUCAUCCAGCUAGUGCUGUUCAUAAUCCAGGACAUUGGUAUCCUGUUUAACGUAAUCAUCAUUCUUCUCAUGAUGUUUAACACAUACGUGUUUCAGGUGGGACUGGUGUCCCUGUUACUGGAGCGAUUCAGAGCACUGCUCAUGCUGUCCGCACUUUACCUGACUUUCAGCAUCUGCUUUCACUGUUGGGUCAUGAACCUGAGGUGGAUGGAGUCCAAUCGUUUCGUAUGGACGGAUGGUUUGCAGGUUCUCUUUGUCUUCCAUAGACUGGCUGCUGUGUUGUACUACUACUUCUACAAACGCACAACCGAGUACCUGGGAGACCCCAGACUUUACGAAGAUUCCCCGUGGCUACGCGACGCGUUCGCUAGAGCGAGACAGUGAGCUCAGAUAGUGAGAAACUACUGAAACUUAAGCCAAAAUGGAGAUAUUACAGUGUGGUACAAGAAAAACAUUACUGACGACAGUUAACAUCAAAGAAAUGACUUGUUUUUCAAAUUCUUUGAAUAAUGACCAGGAAUUUCAAGAAAACUAAAUACAUGCUUUGAGCAGGAAAAAAAAGACUGAUAAAAAACUGCUGAACUGCAAAGGAAAAAGCCUCUGAGCAGAAGAGCAAAUGGAGAUUUAAUCCCAUCUCUGAAAUAACUCAUGUUGAGGUCAACAAGAAAUUGGUGUGACCAUUGGAUGUCAAGGUGAAAACUGUAAUUUGAAUUUCUUUAAACCUCAUCAAGCAGUUUUAAUACAGGUAUUGUCUUUUUAUAGAUGACAGCAUGUGUUUCUCUUGCAUACACAGACGUUUGUAGCUAUUUUUCUGACCAAGUUCUUGGCUUUUCCAAGUUAAGUCUUUACAAUCACUUUGAAGCUGAAAUGUGCCACUAGUGCACCUUAUAAAUUGCAAAAUAAUGACUGUUUAUUACACUCCCCCAAUCUGCCAUUGGUCAGUCUAGCAGGUAGCUCCACCCUAAACUCACACCAUUGGUUGAGCCAAUGUUGUUAUAUCUGGGCUAGUUACAGUGGUUUGAUUGUACAGACGACCCAAGAAAGGUUUCAUAAACUUCAGUUUGCCUUUUGAGAAGUGGAGUUGGAUUUGGUUGGAGGAAUCACCAUUGUUUUUAUAGUUUAAUUUUAUAUGUUUCAACAAGUUUUUAACAUUUUGUUUGUAAAUGUGUAUUUUCAGCAAACUACUCAAAUUUUACGGAUGUCGGCAAAGCGUAAACAAAGUGCCUCAUUGUAAAGUCAUUACGGAAAGCAAAUAAACUGCGCAGUUGCGACAGCGACUGUGCACUUGUACGCUGUAAUCAUUUUCUUUUUCUGGCAAAUAUUGUACAUCUAUUUUGUGUCGUUGCUGACAUUAUAAUAAAAUCUUCCAUUGGA